AUAGAAUGAUCCCAUUAAUUCAAAGUAAUUUCCAGAUACUUCAUACCAUCAUCUAUAAAUAUCACUUUUCUCUUCUUAAUUUUUCAUCAACAGAACACAGAAAUUUGCAGCAUUCAAAAUUUCUCAUCAAUUCUCAAUUUCUCAAUAUACUCUAAUCAAAUAUUUAAAUCAAUUUCUAUUAAUUAAAAAAAAAUCAAUUGAUUUUACAAUGUCGCUAAUUCCAAGCUUCUUUGGAAACCGACGCAGCAGCAUCGCCGAUCCUUUUUCCCUGAAUGUCUGGGAACCCUUCCAGUCUCUCACCACCGACCGCGAAACCGCUGCUUUCGCCAACGCUCGAAUUGACUGGAAGGAGACACCUGAGGCGCAUGUGUUCAAAGCCGAUCUUCCCGGUGUUAAGAAGGAAGAGGUGAAGGUUGAGGUGGAAGACGGGAAAGUGCUCCAGAUCAGCGGAGAGAGAAACAAGGAGCAAGAGGAGAAGAAUGACAAGUGGCACCGUGUUGAGCGGAGUUCUGGAAAGUUCUUAAGGCGGUUCAGGCUGCCGGAGAAUGCGAAGACGGAGGAGAUCAAAGCGAAUAUGGAGAAUGGUGUUCUUACUGUUACUGUUCCUAAAAUGGAGGUUAAGAAACCUGAAGUUAAGUCUAUUGACAUCUCUGCUGCUUAAAUUGGGAUUUAAUUAAGAUUAUUGUGAUAUAAUGAUGAGGGUUUAGUUGUGUAAUGUUGUUUCAAAUUGUGUGUUUUUAUAUAAUUAUAUUGACUUUUCAAAUUAAUGUGUUCAUUGUUGCUUGUUUGUAAGGAGUUAAUCAGUAUAAUGAAGAAAUAAAAUUUGCUUGAUUUUGAAAAA